AUGUUUUUCGACACAACCCUUGGAUGGUGGUGUGUGGGCGUCACAGCAAUCAACAUUCCGAUGUGUUUGCUGCUAGCGGGGCAUUCAUGGAAGAGCGGGAUGUGGGAGACCAGCCCCGGAGACGUGAUGUUUUGGACCGCCCUCUACGCACUGGGGGGCACCCUGUGCGUAAUGACUAUGAUCUUGGAGUGGUUGCACACUCCCGGACCACGUCAUUAUCCAAUACUGUCUGCUCUUACAGUUUUCUUUUGGAUAGGGCAGAAGUUGUGGAACUCGUACUUCAACCUGUUGCUGGCGAGAAAGUUCGUCGCAAACAGGGGGACGAUCCGACCAGCGCAUCGACUUCAUCACAUGGCGGUGAUGUUCCUGGCAAUCCUGUUCACCAUAUUCGUCAUGCAGCAACCAGACAAAGUGGGACAUUUUUCCUACACAGGUAGAGGGGAUGGUGGCUACUACGAGAUCCACUUCUCAACGCGAGCUUACGGCUUCUUCAUCCAACUAGCAGAGAUACUGUCUCUUUUUAUGGCCAUUGGCAUGAUGGCACGGACGGUUUGCAGAGGCAGCAGGGCGGCUGAAAGUAACAAUGAAAUGGCAAUGCUUCAAACAGAACUGCAAAAGGCCUUUAAGUUCUACUGGGCGUACCCGGUUCUUGUCGGUAUUUUCUGUGUGGUGCCGGGAUUCAUCGCUCUUACGGAGUCCUCAAGAGUACCCGACGGCCCAUCAACGCGGCUGCUCAGUCUGGCAGCCUGCAUGUUGUACGUAGGGGAACCCUGGGCAAUUUCUUUGUGCCGACUGUUGCAAAUGUGUCAAGCCGCCCGUAUGCGAGAACAGGAGUCCGUUCGAUUUGCGCUUGAAUUCUACCUGGACAAGGAAAGAAGCAGAGAACAAGACUACUACAAGGCAAAAGAAGAAAGCCUACCAGAGAAGCAUUCUCAGCCGGUCGCGGACCUAUACAUCAUUGAGCCCUGGAAAUUUCAGCUUUUGCGCCAAAAAUGGCGCUUUGAGUACCUACACCACUGUAUAUGCAGCUCUCAGAGAGAAGAUUGUGGUGAGAAAAUCACAUCGGAAAGCAUGGAGGUCACAAUCGAGCCUGGAGAGGCAUUGGUGGAUUACUUGAACAGCAUCAUGCGCACAAAGAUCUUGCACAAUGGACAGGAGUUGUUGGGGUACUAUAACGUCAUGCAGAAAGACAACACCUUACUGGGAAGGGUUUACGGGGCCUUGAAAAUCAGACUGCAUGCUGGGCCAUGUUACUCUGUCAUCCUGAAGGAGAAGUUCGCCGGCCGGGAAGAUGAAGACUGGGUAACUUCAAAAGCAUUUUUGGGGGAGGAGUUCUCGAAGUUCGAGGCCACAGUACAGGCUUGGUGGCCGGAUGAAUGGCAUUCGCUGAUCACCUACGGUGCUAUGAAAGAAUCAUUGAAUUUUCUUGCAGGUCACGCGGCAACGGGAUAUGAGAUGUUGCUUGCAAAGCCCAGGCAGUCUGCAGGGAGUGCAGCCCAGCCAGGAAGCAUCGUCCGUAUUGUGAACUAUUUGCAGCCGUUCGACGUCAAGAAGUGUCGGAUGUGUGGACUGACAAGCCUGACCGCGCUGGAACCGCCGGAGUACCGGGCCGAGUUUCAUGCACGUUUUCAACUUUUCGAGGAAAAGAAAUUUGACCACAGGUGCCACUCAUGCUACUUGCCAGGGACGUCCUUCAAGACGCUUGAAGGUCGUUGGAUUCGGGUCGAAGAGUUGCAACGUGGAGACAUUGUAAUGACGUUGCGUGGUGGGCAACAUGCCUUGGUGGAAGAGCGGAUACAACUCCCGCGCCAGAAAUACAAUUGCAUAGAACUGACGGUUGGCUACGCGCACGGCAAGAUGAUUGUCACUGAAGAUCAUGCCCUGCCAGUGGUCUCCCCACAU